AUGCCGAGCACACUUGCGAUCGACGGGGCGGAGCGGCCCGGAUGGAAAUUUUCAUCGACACGCCCCGCUCCGGACCCGCGAUUUCGCAAGUAUCAUGCCGAGGGUCUCAUGGUUGGAGUUGGAAGAUUACGACAAUCAAAGAAGCGUCUAAAAUACCGCCACACAUUCGUGCUUCUACACAACACAACAACUAGUGAAGCUCGUCGCGGGGUUCGUCGAGCUCUUCGCGCCUCCACCUCGCACUUCUCAGCGAUAUCUCGACUUGAUCGCGCGCGCUGCGCCUCUCGCUGCGAGCCAGUCGCGUUCUGCGUCUUCAGCAUGUCUCUCGUCAUCAAAACUGCUCCAGCUCGUCGUCGUCGACGACGACAACUUCAAUUUCAAGAGUUUCACGCCGCGCCAAAACAUAUUUGA